AUGUAAAUAUUUUGGGGGAACAUUUUCCUCUAGGAACUUGAUCAAAAUGCCACUGAAAAAGUCCAGGCAAUGUUCACAGCCAUUGACGAGCUCCUGUACGAGCAGAAGUUGAGUGUGCACACAAGGAGCCUCCACGACGAGUGCCAAGAGUGGACAUCCAGCUUUCCUCACCUCAGGAUUCUAGGUAGGCAGAUAAUUACUCCAAGUGAAGGUUAUGAAUUAUAUCCUAGAUCUCCUCCUGCUGUUUCAGUUUCACAAGAAGCAGUCUUAUCUCAAGAAAGAGAUUCUACUAUAUUUGGUAUAAGGGGGAAAAAGUUACAGUUUUCAUCUUCUUAUGCCCAUAAAGCAUCUUCUAUUGCCAAAUCCCAUGGCUUGUGUGCUAUGGAAACAGAAAACGAAGAUUGUAUAAUCUCAGAAGGAAUAAUUGAGGAAUACCUAGCUUUUGACCACACAGAUGUGGAAGAGGGAUUUCAUGAAAAGAAAUCAGAAGCAGCUGCAGAGAAACUGAAGUUAGGGUACCCUCCUAUUGCUCCAUUUUACUGCAUGAAAGAAGAUGUCCUUGCCUAUGUGUUUGACAAUGUGUGGAGCAAGGUUGUGAGCUGUUUGGAACAGGUGACACGUAGUCACUGGGAGGGAUUUGCUUCUGAUGAUGAAAGUAAUGUUGGAACCACCAGGCUGGAUGCAGAAAGUCCCUGUGUGCUGAGUGAACCACAUCCUUUGGUGUUACCACGAGUGCCACAGUCUAAGAUGCUGUCCGUUACCUCAAAUCUGAUGAGUUUCUGUCAAGCAAGCAGUCACCAGCCAAAUGUGAAUGGUCUCUUGGUUCAUGGGAUGCCUCUACAGCCAAGAAAUCUCUCUCUAAUGGACAAACUCCUAGAUCUUGAUGACAAGCUACUUAUAAGGCCUGGGUCCAGUACCAUCUUUCCAACCCGAAAUUGGCCAAACCGAGCCCUGGAGCUUAGUACAUCAUCUCUGUCACAUACAGUACAGUCUGCCAGGAGGCGUAAUCCCCCACCACGUACCCUUCAUCCGAUCAGCUCAAGCCAUUCCCGCACUGGAACGCCAAGACUUGUGGAAGAAAUUCUCAGAGGAUCCCGAGUCCCAGCUGCAGCAGACUCCUUUUCUCCUUCACCAAUGCCACUGAGUCGGAAUAACCUGCUGCCACCUAUCGGUACAGCUGAAGUGGAACAUCUGAGCGCUGCAGGGCCACCAAUGCCAUCGAAACCCCACAGCCAAGGUGAUCCCAGUAGAGCUCGAAGUGCAGUGAUGGAUGAGCCUAACCAUCAGCAGCCCCAGGAAAAGAUCCUCCUACCUGACUUUUCCAGACCCAAUACAACUCAGUCAUUUCUGCCGGACACGCAGUACCGUCAGGCGCGUGCAGCUGAGUGUCCUCAUCAGGUCCGACCUGGCAGGGGAGCCACAGGUGCAGGUUCACAGUUACAUGGCUCUACAAAAUCUCAAAGCAGGGGUGGACCAGUGUCUAGAACCAGGCAAGGACCAUAGGGCAAAUGAGAAGAACCUAAGAGGCUGCAGCAAACACAUGAGAUCUCGUGAACCAGUGUUCAGUCACUGAGUGAGUACCACUUGUGUACAAGGUCAGCUUGAACCUAUCUUCACGAAGUUAUUUUGGAGUAACUGACUAAUAAUGUAUCUGCCAAAGACCGCACAGGUAUGGUCUCCAUCUCCAGUUACAGUCUUCCUUCAGCGUAAGUUACCUCUUCCACUGGACAGUGAAGACUGUACCCCAGAUGUAACAAUGAAUGAUUACCUUCAAUCACUGCUCAUGUUAUCUGUUAAUAAUGAUCAGUCCAAGUAUUAUAGGAUUCAGUGGCAUUAUAUAAACACAAAAAGAAGCAAAUUCACUGGCUUCAGAAUUCUUCAGCUAGUACUAAUUUCUGGAGAGCUACACUCAAUUUCAAGUCAACUCAUUUGUAGGAAGUAGUGUUAUCGAACUCUGACCUACUCACCAAAUAAAUGUCAUUCCUAAAGCUUUCCCCUUACAUGUCCAAUCCUAUUGCCAAGAUGAAACAGAAGGGUUGAGUACAGAAUAAGCAUUGGUAUAAAGUAAUGUGAGUAAAAAUUAAAUUGCAUUGGGGGCUGGCUCAGCUCGCCCUGAGGGCACAGCUGGCAGGGCCUGUGGUACCAGGGAUCAAACUGCAGUCCCCUGUGCCGCCUAACCUUGCCUAAGCAGACGCUCUAGACUGCUGAGCUAUCUUGCCGGCCCCCUGCAUAUACUUUUUGAUUGGAUAGCUCAACCUUACAUAAUCCUGCCUCAUAGCAGGUUAUGCAUAACUUCUUAAAGUAUUCUACUCAUCAUUCUGGGAAUCUUCCCCAGAAUACUUGCCUUGACAGAUCUUUUGCUAAAGGUUUAAAAGUUAUAAUUUGUAAAAUCUUAUAUUUUGAGCCAUAAUGGUAUAAUUCCU